CUGGUCAACUGGGCCGUGCAGAUCGCGCGUGGCAUGCUCUACCUGCACGAAGAGGCAGUGGUGCCCAUCCUACACCGGGACCUCAAGUCCAGCAACAUUUUGUUGCUGGAGAAGAUAGAACAUGAUGACGUCUGCAAUAAGACACUGAAGAUUACAGACUUCGGGCUGGCGAGGGAGUGGCACAGGACCACCAAGAUGAGCGCGGCGGGCACUUACGCGUGGAUGGCCCCUGAGGUCAUCAGGUCGUCUCUGUUCUCCAAGGGGAGCGACAUCUGGAGCUAUGGCGUGCUGCUGUGGGAGCUGCUCACAGGAGAGGUCCCCUACCGAGGCAUUGACGGUCUGGCUGUGGCCUACGGGGUGGCGGUCAACAAGCUCACUCUGCCCAUCCCAUCUACCUGCCCUGAGCCAUUCACCAAGCUUAUGAAAGAGUGCUGGGAGCAAGACCCUCACAUUCGCCCGUCGUUUGCCUCCAUCCUGCAACAGCUGUCUGCUAUUGAGGUGUCUGUGAUGACUGAAAUGCCCCAGGAGUCUUUCCAUUCCAUGCAAGAUGACUGGAAGCUGGAAAUCCAACAAAUGUUCGAUGAGCUGAGAACAAAGGAAAAGGAGCUGCGGUCCCGGGAAGAGGAGCUGAGCCGCGCUGCCCUGCAGCAGAAGUCUCAGGAGGAGCUGCUCCGCCGCAGGGAGCAGCAGCUGGCCCAGCGCGAGAUCGACGUGCUGGAGCGCGAGCUCAACAUCCUCAUCUUCCAGCUCAACCAGGAGGGGCCGCAUGUGAGGAAGAGGAAGGGCAAGUUCCGGAGAAGCCGGCUGAAGCUCAAAGACGCACAUCGUAUCAGCUUGCCUUCAGACUUCCAGCACAAGAUCACCGUGCAGGCCUCCCCCACCUUGGACAGGCGCAGGAGUUGGGACAGCAGGAGCUCCAGCCCGCCCAGCAGCCCCACCAUGCUCCCUCGCCUCCGGGCCAUUCAGUUGACAUCUGACGAAAACAAUAAAACCUGGGGAAGGAACAUGGUCUUUCGGCAAGAAGAUUUCGAAGAUAUAAAAAGGAAUUUCAAGAAAAGAGGCUGUACAUGGGGACCAAGCUCAAUUCAAACGAAAGAAAGCACCGAUGGCAGAGAGAGGGUGAGGCCUCUCUCUGACGGCAACAGUCCUUGGUCAUCUAUCCUCAUAAAAAGCCAGAAGACCACACCUUUGGCUUCCCUCUUUGUAGACCAGCCAGGGUCUGGUGAAGAGCCAAAACACCCUGCUGAUGGAGAAAACAGAAAACCAAAGCAAAUGAAGUUGCCUGGUCAGGCCUACACUGAUCUACCUCUCUGCAAAGAUGAUCAGAGUCAGAACCUGGAGGAGGCUGAGGGCUGGGCAGAGGGACCCACAGGAAGCUCUGCUCUGGGCCCCGCUCGGGGGGUGCCUGUGACCAAUCUCAGUGGACCCCACAGGAAGAAAACGGAGUCUGCCCUGUAUGGGUGUGCAGUGCUGCUGGCGUCGGUGGCCUUGGGACUGGACGUCAGGGGGCUUGGCAGAGCAGAACCUGCGGGAGAGCUGCCACCUGAGGGGGACGUGCGGAUUGAAGCGGGAGUCCUCCAGGGGGCCCCCGGGCCAUCCCCCAUGCCGCUGUCUGCAGGCAGGGACCCCAGCAGCACCACAAGCCUUCUCUCCACGAGGUGCUUGCCACAAACACAUGGGGACAAGCCACCCCUGGGCAGCACCCAGGUUCCUCGUGACACUGAUUUGUGUCCGGCUUGUCCAGAAAGCACCCAGGAGCUGGCCCCGGGGCCAAGACUGGAGACUGAUCGCAGAGUGAUGGAGAGCCUGCCUGCCUCCUGCUCGGGGCAGACACGUGAUGGGAACGUGCCUUAUUAUGGUCCCCCAAAAGACAGAGCCUCACAUCACAGACAGACCUCGUCGGACGGAAAUCCUUUUCUGACUCCACGUGUCCCCGGAGCCUCUGCACUACCACACUCCACCUCACCUGGCUCUCACGGUGCCCUGCUGAGCCAGGUCUCUCCUGACCUGCAUGGGGCUGUCACGGUCCUGCUGCAGCCUGGCACUGUCUCCCUGAGAAGUCCAUCAGAUGUGCCAAGGGCAGUUCCACGCAGGGCACAGUCCCAACCUGCGCGGGCGGCCUGUGGUGGUGGCCUCACAGGGUCAGGCCCCGCCUGUGUCCUGGGUACCCAGGCACCUUCCUCACUGGAUGCCAAUGUUGACGGGCAGAGCAAGGACUGCACAGGGCCUCUGUGCAGGAUGAAAAGCCCAGGUCAGCGGCCGUCCAUCUGUGCCCUGGAGAAGGAGUUUCUGACUUAAAUGCCUUUGCUGUUGAAGCAUUUCUGUUUCAGGUGAACAAACGCAGACACUUUGUGCCUUGAGCUGUGUUCUCUUCUUGUACGUUGAAAAGCUGCCACCCAGUGACUACAUUGGGAACAGACACUAACUCCAGAGGGACGCAUGACUGCUGUCCAGCUUCUAUAUAUCAUGUGCUCUGGGUCCUACCUAGUAAUUUGAAAUACACGGAAGUUUAAACCAAAACAUGUGCCACAGGCAGAACUGUGCUGGGUGAAAUCACCUUAAGCAUUGUCCUUUUUUUUUGCUUCUGUUCAUACAUGUUUUCUGUGCAUAGUGAUUCUGUUCACUGUAGAGGACUGGUACAGGUACAGAACACAUUUCAGUUCCCUUCUUUUAAGUACUGUCUUAAGGGCUUGUUAGUUUUCAUAUCCCCCCAUGAGCACAUAGUGGGGUUCUGAUGACACUUGUCUUUGCUGCCUUCCUUCCUUCCUCCUUUUUUUUUCUUUUUUUGGUACCAGGGAUCAAACUCAGGUC